UCCACCCCUUAGAUCGGUCCAUCUAUAAAUACCCCCUGCCUCCUCUCCAUCUUCACUCACAUACAAUUCACACAACAUAACAUAUUUUUAACACAACAUAACAUAUUUCUCGUUAAAAAUCUCGUUAAAGAUGCAAUAUCAGAGAGAAUCAUGGAGUUCGUAUGUGGGAACAUACGAGUCCCUGGAGCGUAUCGAGAGGCUGGCUUCGGAGAACGCCGUGGUGAUAUUCAGCGUGAGCAGCUGCUGCAUGUGCCACGCCAUCAAGAGGCUCUUCUGCGGCAUGGGGGUCAACCCUACAGUCUACGAGCUGGACGAGGACCCCAGAGGCAAGGACAUGGAGAUGGCCUUGACCACCCUACUUGGCGGACGCUCCGCCACCGUGCCGGUGGUGUUUGUGGGUGGGAAGCUGGUGGGGGCCAUGGACAGAGUCAUGGCCAGUCAUAUCAGUGGCAAUCUUGUGCCGCUUCUUAAACAAGCUGGGGCUUUGUGGCUUUGAGCAUGCAUUCUCGUGGUUUAGUAGUCACAAGUCCUCUUUCUUGAUAAAGUUUUAGAGCAGGGAAGAAGAGAUUAGAUUACCAGGAAAAAAAGAUCAUGAGAUAGCUACUUAGCUAGUUGGUUAAUGUGUGAGGUUUUCUUUCAUUUUCUUUUCUUAGUUAGUUAAAGAGUAGGGCUCUUUUAAUAUAUUUCUUUUUUUGUGUUUUUGUUAUGUUUAGGAAGGGAAUUAAGAAGAGAAGUUUGUUUAUUAAUUGGUUUUAA